AUGAUAAAAAGGGCGCUCCUAUUCCCAUUGAGGGGCUCGUCGGCGAGGAAUCCGCCGCCUCCGGAACGGGCGGAGGGAGAGGAGGAGCAGGAGGAGGAGGGGGUGGAGGUGGCUGCGGGGGCGGGGGCGGAGGAGGAGGAGCGGUGGUCGACGAUUCUGCCGGAGCUUCUGGGAGACAUCCUGCGGAGGGUGGAGUCGAGCGACCGGCAGUGGCCGCUGCGGAAGAGCCUGGUAUCUUGCGCUUGCGUCUGCCGGAGGUGGCGCCAGGUCACCACCGGCGUCGUCGGGCCGCCCAGGGAGACUGGGACGAUUACCUUCGCUGCUUCCCUCAGGCAGCCCGGGCCGAGGGACCUUCCGAUUCAAUGCUAUAUCAAAAGGAACAAAAAUAACAACACGUUCUGUCUGUACCUCAGCUUGACCCAUACAUUCAUGGAUAAGGGAAAAUUUCUGUUAGCGGCUCAAAGGUUUAGGCAUCGUGCUCAUGUAGAGUACAUCAUCUCUCUUAACGCUGAUGACAUGUCCCAAAGAAGCAAUGCAUAUGUUGGAAAAUUGAGAUCUGAUUUCUUGGGCCUCAAUUUUAAGAUCUAUGACAGUCAACCGCCAUUUGAUGGUGCCGAGCCAUUGACCAACCGAGUGAGUAGACGUUUUGCCAGCAAGCAGAUUAGCCCACAGGUCCCAGCUGGUAAUUUUGAGAUCGGCCAGGCAUCUUACAAAUUCAAUCUCCUGAAAACCAGAGGGCCCAGAAGAAUGCUGUGCACACUGCAGUGCCCAGCCGAAAAUUCGCGCAAAGUGCAUCAGAAGAUACCCAGAGCCGAUGCCUCUGGAUCAGAUGCUGGAUCUGUGGUUCUGAAGAACAAGGUGCCAAGGUGGCACGAUCAUCUGAAGUGCUGGUGCUUGAACUUCCAUGGUCGUGUUACUGUUGCCUCGGUGAAGAACUUCCAGCUGGUGGCAUCAUCAAAUCCUAACCGAGCAGGGGACGGCGCCGUUGAUGUUUACGAGCCCGUGCUACUUCAGUUCGGGAAAGUAGGGGAUGACAUGUUCACCAUGGACUACAGGGAACCACUCUCGGCCUUCCAGGCAUUUGCUAUCUGCCUCACCAGCUUCGGCACAAAGUUUGCUUGUGAAUAGAACCCUUUCUUGCUAUAGAAUUCUGUUGUGCGCAGCAUACUUACCAGAGCAGCCAUGUAGUUCUGGACUUGGAUUAUUCCUGGUGUCUAGUGAUAUCCCAUUCCCAAAACUCAAAGUGGUGUACUUUGCUCUUGAACUUGCUGGGAUGCUGAGAGGUACAUUUGAAAUUAUUCAUAUAUUGAGAUAA